AUGAACGCUCUGCAGUUCGCGACACCAUCCUUGAAAGCCGAAGUGCUAAGGUUACUCCCAUUCAGAACGUGGUUGCCUCUUCAAGCAGAAGUUCACAAAAGUGAGGACUGUCAACUGUUAAUGAAUGCUAAACAUCUUGAGGGCGUUCACUCCAACUUCAUCAAAUUUGUGGCCCAAACCCCUCCCAACUCAUCUACGUCACGGUUCCAAAUUCAGGCAUUGUCGCCAGAGAAUUCAGACCAAGAAAAAUCGGACUUGAAUUCAAACUUGUCAGGAUCUGAACUUGUUGGAGGCAUUUUCAAUGAGGAUCAGAGUAUUGACAUGGUCACGGAUGCCAGGAAGGACAAGAAAUUGUUGAAAACAGAUCCCACGGUGAUGAAAGCAAAGCAGAGCCUACCUGAGAACCUGGUCCUCGAACGCCUCGUGUCAGCCGACAUCAAUGGAAUCGAUGAGAAUGAGUCAGAGAUGACAUUGCGGGGAUCUUCCUGCAAGACAAUCACCAUCAAAGACCUCCCCUUUCCAUCCGACUACACUCAAGUUUACCAAAAGAAAUGGGAGCAACGGUUCAUGGCGCAUAUUCUCCACUUCGCCAAAACUCAAGAACUCCAAUUCGGUAUUGGGAACCGGCCUGAACUGGCUUCCUUUGUCACAUCUACAUGGAAACAGGUCUUUCCAGAACUCAAGAUACAUGGGAAAGACAUUAAUAUACUUAAAUUUGUACAAGUUGAGCUCCGAAACUAUCGCAGCAACGUUGGGAAAGAGGCACUUUCUAUUGUUGAAAAAAAACUCUCAAGAGUCGAAGGCGCAACAGUCGAACGGGCAGAGUGGAUUGCAGAGCAAUUAAAGAAUGACUGA